AUGGAGGGUGCAGCUGCCGGUCUCCCGCCCCAGGCUGCAGCGGGACACGUCUCUCAUCGCUCCCGGGGCGCCCGGCAGCAGCAGCCACAGCGCCCAGAGAGAUCUUUCAGCAGCCCUGCUUUAUGGAGGCCCUGGAUGCUCACAGCAAGAGACGGUGAGAUGAUAGAGAAUCAACAAAUGUCAGAACUGGAUGGUCAACUAAUAAAUUUUAGGUCAAAAGGAGCCCUGGGGUUUCAGCAUCCAGUGAGACUUUAUUUGCCCAAGUCCAAAUCCCAAAAGUUUCUUAAUAACAUCGGAGAGAAGGUUCUGGCGAGUUUUCCAGUACAAGCUACAAUUCACUUCUACAAUGAUGAUGCGGACUCUGAGGAAGAUGGAGAAGGAAUCAGUUCAGCCUAGUAACAAACAGUGGUCAGCCUUGAUAAACACAAAAUAAAAAUUAAAGACAGACAGAUAAAAGAACUGCCAGAAAUGUAUGGACCAACAUCUGACCGAACAAAGAAAUACAUCAAAGCUCAAAAGAACACUAUUUAUAGCUAUCUUACCAAGAAGAAUGAGUCAAUGCAGCUGGAAACGAAGAGGAAAUCCUUUUGUGUUUUGAGAGACUCUUAAAUAAAACCCUGAAGCUGAGCAAAAUAUUAUAAGGUUUAAAUCAAGUUGGUUUAAGUAACACAGAUUAAGAACAUUAAGAGCACUGUACUUAGUUACCAUUUUUUACACUGCAAUCCUGAUAAAAUGAAAAUAAGAUCAAUUAUGAGGUAGAAUAAGAUAAUGUACAGCCCCAAAAUAACCUGCAGGCUUUGAAACACAGUAUUUUAAUAUAAGCAAGAAAUUAUUUAAAAUGUAAAGACUAUUGCUUAUUAGCUCCA